UCGAAGCGUUUGUCUGGUGGAGUUUGACAGAUGUUGCUGUGGUCUGUGUUUCAGGGAAUCUCAGGCGUCAGCAUCAGUCGGGAUCAGCUGGAUGUUUUGGGCAGCAUGAGCUGUUUUCUGAGCGGCGAGUACAUCCAGAGCUCGGACCCGUAUGUGCUGGAGAAGCUCAAGCCAUGUGUGGAUCUAUCAGCUGAGCAGAUCUCUGCGCUGGAGAGCGUCCUGCUGGGAGGAAACACCAGCUAUGGACCCUCAGACAGCUGGAACAGAGCCACGCUGGAGAGCCUGGACCUCCUGCCGCUGUACCUCACCGCCAACAUCUGGAGCAAAUUCACACAGCUCAAACAGUGA